GGGGGCGGCUCUCCCGCCCUCGCCCACGGCUCCUGGGAGCGGGUGUUCGUGGGGAGCCAGGUGCUUUCUAAGGCGGGGCCCUGCGGCGAGAAACGGGAGUGUGCGGAUUCCUUAAAACUCCAAAACCCGGCUGGGAGGGCCGCCUCACGACACUGCUGGCGCUCACUGCCUUCCCCGAGCGGCUUUCUGCAACGCUGGGGCUGCGCAGGAGAUCCUUCUCGCGGGCUUAUGCUUCCCCAGCGGGAGCUUCGGCUGAGCAAAAGGGCAGCGUCUGGAAUCACUCACAGCCUCCGUAGGGUCCUCCGUGCUUGCGUCAGGCUAAUGCUGAGGUCAGCGUAGCGCUCCUCUAUAAGCGCAGCCCGGGUGGGGAGCAUCCCGUUCCGAAGCCCCGAGGGCGCGUAGCCGAGACAGGCCGUGGGGAUUCGCUUUGAUCCUCCGCGCCGCCAGGGGGCGCUCAGCGCCUUGAUCCCCUCAAAGUGGGGGCGGCGCUGCGCAUGCGCGCGGUUCGAACGUGUUGGCGGCCGCGGCGUUCCUCAGCGCGGGGCGAUCGUCGGUGCCACUCUUCUCUUCUGCCGUUCGCUGCCGCUGUUACCCCUGCUCUAUGUUUGAAGAAUGUCCGCGUUGACGGACGGAGGAGCGUCCCAGAACGUGCGGAAAGGGAGAAGAAUCGUGAAGUCCCGCUACCUGCAGUACGAUAAGAAAGAGUCCAGUAAGAAUGCUUCAACAAAAUCCUUUUCGUCAUCGACUUCCAGUGCAUCUUCCACAGCUAAAGCAAGACCGGCGCUCACCCAGAAGUCUGAAGGUUCUGGUGUUGCCUCUGGCUUGUUAAAUCAGAGUAGUUUUGAGAAAGGUGACCUGCAGUCCACUUUAUUAGAUGGAGAUAAAAUUACUCGACCAGACCUUGAUCUUUCAGCUAUUAAUGAUAAAACUGUCCUACAGAAGUCUACAAGUUCAAAGGCUUCCUGCAAAACAGAUAAAGGGCCACAUGUAAAAAAACAGAAAUCGAAAAACAAUCCUGCUGUUGUGGGGGCAGAGCUGAGCUCUCAGGAGCUGAUUUUAACUUACCUAAGAGUGCAGAGGAAGGACGUGGCUGAGCUCGAGGAGAAAGCAGAAGAAAACUUGUUAAUGUUGUGUGAAGAAAAAGAGAGACAACAGGAGAAGCUCUAUGAGUUGAAGCGUGAAAUUCUGCUCAGAGAGAGAGAGGAAAAGCUUGAUGAGGAGCUUGUAAAACAGAUGGAAGUACUUUCUCCUCUUGUUCCUCUUCUUGAACAAUUUAAAGAGCAGUAUAAGAGCUUUGCAGUUGCUCUGGAUGCCACUAGACAUAAAUUACCCAUUAAAAACAUUCACAUAGAGGGAGAUAUGCCAACGUACCUAGACAAACUGCAAAAGCAGUUGACUGUCACCCAGGAACUUCUGGCAGAAGUUAUGCCAGACUGCUCAGAAGAAAGUGCAAAAGCAUUCAGUGAACUGCAAGGUACUGAGGAGGUGUUUCAAAAGCUGGAGAAAGAACUUCGAAGGAGCUUCACUCAAGUGCAGAACCUGUCGUAUGAAGCUAGCAAAGAAGUUUCACUGCAUAAUCAAAGAAUAUGUGAGGACAAUCAUGGUGUAGAUGUUGUGAAACACUGGUACUUCAACUGAGUGUCUGCCAUCUGUGUGUUUUAUUUUGUUUGUUACUGAUGGGGGGGGUCCUAAAUCAAUGUCAGACUUGUAUGUUUUUGUUUACUGUCUUUGAUUUGUCCUGUAUCUCGCUUUACUUAUGGACAGAACACAUCCAGCUUUCCAGUUUCAAUAUGAAAGCAGCUACAUGUGUGACUGAUCUAAGAGUGGAAUUUUCUUCUGCUUACCCAUAAGGAGACUUAUUUUUUUAAACAGCCAUUUCUGUGACACUUUUAUCAUCACUUGCUGCCUUGGUAAUACUGCAAGUUAAAUCAAAUGUUAUUCUUAGCAAACAUGAACAAUGUAUCCUUAAACUCAUUUUACUUUCUUGCACCUGGCUUUGAGUGCACUGCUUUGCAACUCUUCCCAGCCCAGUGUUCCUUACAGGGCCACGUCUCCAGAGAGAGAUGGGGAGCUGUGUUUGUUGUACUGUGUGUUUGUUUUUUUUAAUCUGGAUAGGAGAACCAGGAGGAAUGCACAGCAUGAUCAUUGAUCACUUGGUGAACAGCUUCCAGAGGAACUCUUAAUUGCCCCUUGUGUCUGGGUUUUUCAAUGUGGGUAGCAAAGAAUGAGGCUGGUGAGCAGGAGUAGAGUUUUGGUAUAUUUUUGCCUAAUUGUCUUGUAAAUAAAUUACUGAAACAUAAA